AUGGCCCCAUAUGAAGCAUUGUAUGGCAGACCAUGUAGAACCCUAGUAUGUUGGAAUGAAGUUGGAAAAGGGAAACUUUUGGGUCCAGAAUUAGUGCAACAAACGGAAAAUACUGUGAAGCUUAUCAGGGAAAACUUAAAGACAGCUCGAGACAGGCAAAAGAGUUAUGUUGAUAAGAGAAGGAGAGAUCUAGAAUUUGAGGUUGGAGACCAAGUAUUCCUUCUGUUAUUCCCAUGGAAAGGAUUACUCAGGUUUGGAAGAAAAGGGAAACUGAGUCCCUGCUACAUUAAACCUUAUGAAAUUAUGGAACGAGUUGGCCCGACAGUGUAUAAGGUAAAGUUACCUCUGGAGCUAACACGUAUUCACAACGUGUUCCAUUUAUCGAUAGUGAGGAAGUAUAUAUCUGAUCCUACGCACAUGUUGGUAGAACAACCGAUUCAGCUCAAGGAAAAUUUGUCAUAUGAAGAAGAGCCAGUUCAUAUCUUAGACAAGAAAGAAUAG